AUGACAUGGAAGAAGAAUCAGAACAAAAAACGACCUAUUUCUCACUAUUCGAACCUCCCUUUUGAUGAUGAGGUUAAUCAAAAUAAUGAUGCUAAUACCAAAACUAAAACUAUUGAAACAGAGGUAGUAGAAGAAGAUAAAGCCGUCCAGGACGAAGAAUUGAAGAAUAAAGAAAUUUAUGCUUCUGGGAAUGAUGAAGAGAAUAAUAAGAAGCUUGGUGAAGAAUAUGAAGCUCUAGGAAACAAGCUUGCCGAGGAUGGGAAUUACCAAGAAGCACUUGGAAAGUGGGAGACUGCAAUUGUAUUGAUGCCGGAGCGAGCUGUUUUACACGAACAAAAAGCUCAAGCAUGGAUCACCCUUGGUAGAGCUCAGUUAAACUUUGGGGAGCCCGAUUGUGCCAUUGAAAGCUUUGACAAAGCAUUAGCAAUUAAGCCGGAUUCUAUGGAAGCAAAAGGGGACAGGCAAACUGCUUUACAUUUGGUUAAGAGGCGAAAACAGCUUCAUUCAACCGGAUUGAGUUCGACUGAAAACCGUUUUCUCAUUGGAGAUCAAGGCUAA